UUAUAAAUGUGGCUCCAGGAGUUCGGUCCUGUCCAGCAGUCAGUACAAGAACUGUUCCCAGAGCCCGAACAGUGACUUGUGGUAUCUUCAGCUUUUAUCAGAAGAGACAUGGGCUUCUUCAAAUUAUCUGCUGUCUUCUUGCUUGCACUCUUGCAGUGGAAGGUCCACGGUGAUGACAUACAACCUUUGAAUUGUCCUCCAAACAGCAAAUAUGGCGUCAUUGGGGUGUGUGACACAAACUGCUCCAACAUAGUUAAUCCUCAUAAAGGACCUUGUAUUGAGAUUGGAAUAAUAACCUGUAAGUGUGACGAAGGACUCCUGCCUCAGACCGGGACUCAUGGGGAAAAGGUACAGUGCGUCAAACCAGAAGACUGCAAAGUCACCUGUGGUCCCAACCAGCACUAUGAGUUCUGCGGAUCCAGCUGCCCAGCAACAUGUAAAGAACCAAAAGGUCCUCGAAUCUGUCUUGCAGUGUGUUCUCCAAAAUGUGUCUGUAAUAAGGGAUAUGUUCUUUCUGGAAAAACGUGUGUAAAGCCAACAAAAUGUUAAAACCACAAAGCUCAGUCUGAUCAUUCUGCAGCCAGUAUUAGGCUCUGAAAAGCAACGGAAUUAUAUGUGUAAAUGAGAAAAGCAGAUAAAGCAGAGCUGAAUGUGUUAUGCUGUUUAUUUUAUCCAAUGUAACAAUAGAGCAAAUUUACCUGUAAAUCUAUAGAAAAACCACAUCACAAUAUCAUCAGCAGUUAGCAUGUUGAGCUCUGCUAGAUUUCUAAAUGUUCAUCGUUCAGUUUAUUGCUGCUUGGCUUCUGUAAGCCCCAUAUUAAUGGGUUUAUUAGGUCACAAUAUCAAUUAUAUGGCUUAUCUGUCCUGAUACAAUGUUAUAAUAAAGUUGACCUUUAAUGAA